AUGGCAGAAACCCGUUCCAAGAGUCAAGGAACCUCCAAUGCAGAAUUUCCUUCAAGAGAGGACCCGAAAGAGGGACUGGACGUCCCGAGAAUUCUGCCCUCGAGAUUGCCGAGAAUAUUUUCCUUGAAUGUAACUGGGCCACUAGAACAACGAGGACAAACGACAUAACUUUCCCCCCGAACGUUGGAGGUUGAGGAGGGAGAUUGAUUUCUUAGCUAAAAUAGGCACACGGAGGGCAAUAAACUUCGAACGUUUCACAUCUGGGAGAAGAAAACCCAGGAAAGGACAACCUGACGCGGUAUCGAAAUUGAUUUCUUAAUUAUGUCCGAAGAGCAGAGCCAAACAUUUACUCGAAACAAACUAUUACUCGACUGUGGGGGGAGGGGGGGGGGGCGUCCAAAGAGAAUAUUAAAUAAGAAACUACAAUUGGUUCAAGAUUUUGCAGCUAGGAUUGUUUUUGCAUGGGAAUGAAAAUUUGAUCACAUUUCAUCUACGAUUAAAGACUUUGGAUGGUUACCGGUGCAGGACAUGCUGGCAUACCGGGAGGUCAAAUGGUAUAUAAGAUUAUCAAUGACAGUGUACCAUUGUACUGAAAUAGAUUUGUAAAGAGAAGUUCCGACGUUCAUAGUCGUAGGCACUUGCUACCGAAAAUCUUGACAUACCCUAAUGUAGAACGAGCUCAGCACAAUUUAACGAUCAUUUAGAUACAGAGCUAUAUCAACCUGUGGAGUACGCUAUCACGCUUUGUCAAAUAGAGCGUAUAGUACCACAUUUACCACCACUAAACUCUUUCAAACAAUCACUAAAAAUUGACUAUACCAUUCUAAUAUUCAUAUUUAAACAUAUAUUUUUUACUAAUUAUAAACGUUUUAAUUCUAUUUUUUUAAACACACAGCAAUUAGACCUGAAAAGCCCUGGCGAGGUUCUAUAUAAAUUUGUGUUGUGUUGUGUUGUGUUGUGUUGUGUUGUGUUGUGUUGUGUUGUGUUGUGUUGUGUUGUGUUGUGUGCUAUUCAGAUUGAGAAGUUAUUAUCAGUAAUCCAUGGAACUAUCCAUUGACUACUUUUAAUUCAUCAACAUGCUUUAUUAGAGCUCUGCCAUAUGUAAGACAUGACAUUAUGCUAUUGUAUAUUUUUCGUUUUGUUUUAGGCGGACGUUUUGGUGAACUCUACCUUGUCCAACCUUAACUAUCCGACCGCCUGUGGCAGAGCUCUUCAAAAUCGAGGUGGCCUGUCUUACAUUGAAGUAUGCAAACCCCACACCAAUAUUCCGCCGUGGGAUAUCGUUUGUACAACUGGUGGGAACUUAUCAUGUCAACAUGUCAUUCAUGCCGUGUGCUGUAACUGGAACAAAGAAGACAAAGUGAAAAGUGAGGAGGUAUGUAGAAUGCCAGCUAGUUACUGUUACGUAUUCAGACUCUAUUUUCAUUCAAUAUGCAUCAUUGGUCAAACAUUCCCAAUACUCAGUGUCAGGCCACGCAUGGUAACGUAAAUAUCUAUAAUAAUAGACGAAGCUGUGAAUAAAAGGAUUUUCGAUUUCAGCCGAAGUCUGGAACAAAAAGUAACUCACGAAGAAGGAAAUGCUUAAUGAGCUAGUUUUGCAUACUUAAUUAAUAACUAGAAAAUACAUGCAUGCAGAAACCCUCGCCUUGCUGACAAAACCAUUGUAUUUUCCGAACAUGAAGUAUCUAAAGUAGUUGUCAUGGUAACACGAUAAUUUUUUAAGAAUAUUCUUACAAAUGAAAAAUAGCCUAAAAAUAUCACUUUUAAUUACAAAAUUAUUAAUUCCCCAACAUAUAUUUGUUUAUAGGUAUGUUAUUAUACGUAAUUAAACUUCAUUUUAAGGUAAAUUUCAACCACAAACGCUUCGCAAAACGUUUUAAAGUUACUAGUGUUCUUUAUAGCCUAAAACUAAACUGCCUUUUAAAAUGGCUUUAUCGAUAAACUUUGAGUUUGCAAUAAAACGAUUUCAAAUUCUCGCUUGCAAAUAACUUUGCUUUCUUUUUUAUUUAAAAAAUUCAAUAUCAUAAAAAAGGGAAUCAAUAUUAAAGAUACACUGAAAUUUUGUUUCAUAUACGCAAAGGCCGUCGGGUUUUACAGUUGAUUUCACGAAACUUUGGCCGCGCCAGUUGCGAGUUUGGUUGGGCAUUUGGGAACUAUAAACACGAGAUCAUCAAGUUGAUUGGAAACCGGCUAAUCAAAUUCGGAAGUUUCGCAUCAAUUUAUCGAAAUUCGUUAUGAAAUUCCGAACCAAGUGCGCAAGCAAGUUCGCAAAUUGCAAACGAUUUUGGCGGUAAAUUUUAAAAACUAAGCUUAUUUUAUUAAACUUAUUAUAAUUUUAAACCUGAAAUUAUUAUUAUUAUGAUAUUAUUUAUUAUUAAAUGAAUAAGUUUAAUACAAUAAGUUUAGUUUUUAAAAUUUACCGCCAAAAUCGUUUGCAAUUUGCGAACUUGCUUGCGAACUUGGUUCGGAAUUUCAUAACGAAUUUCGAUAAUUUGAUGCGAAACUUCCGAAUUUGAUUGGCCGGUUUCCGAUCAACUUGAUGAUCUUGUGUUUAUAGUUCCCAAAUUCCAGGCCUUAAAAUAUCUUUUCCAGGGCCGUCUGACAAAAUGUCCGGUGACGUUGAGUUUGGGUCGGACAUAUGUCCGAUGACCUUCAGUUCAGUUUUGACUCGGAAAUAAGUCUGAAUGACACAAAUGAAUAAACGGUAAAUGUUGUAAAGAUAUUAAAUAAUUUGUUUCUUUCAUACUUAUUUCCAAGCCAAAAUUAACUUGCUUGCCAGAACAGCAGUGUUAAAAAAGACUUCGACAACUUAAGCCCGUUUUCCAUUUCACCAUUUCGCUCGCCGCCCCGCGUUCGACUACGUUAAAACAACAUUUCCAGUUCACCUUUUAUACAAUAGUGCUCUGAUUUUCCAUCUAACAUACAAGCCUCUAGUCCUGGGCUAGGGUACAUUUUAAUUUACGUCGGACAAAGCUACAGUUCGGUCGGACACCAAUUCACUUGGGUCGGACAAACAAUAAACCUCAGUUUCACUUUGGUCGGACAGAAUGUCCGGUGGUUUCCUCUCUACGUCGGACAAUUUCACGAAUGGGUCGGACAAUGUCCGUGACCGACCGAUAUUUUAAGGCCUGAAUUCCCAACCAACCUCGCAACUGGCGCGGCCAAAGUUUCGUGAAAUCAACUGUAAAGCCAUUAUAAAAUCAAUAUUUAAAACAAACUUAAUACCUUCGUAAACGUCGGCUCCCUUCUUUUAGCCGAUUCUUUCGCAGUUUCUUUCUGAGAGAGCUGUUGAAAUUUACAAAAUCUUGCAAAAAUGCGAGCAAAAAUGAAAUAUAUUUGCAAGAAAUUUAUCAAUCAUCAAAUCAAGAAAUGUUUGCUAUUUCGCUGUCGUCCUGCAGUUGCUAUAAUGCAAACUUUAGGGGUGGACCAUUUGACUUUUGAAGGGAGGGGGGUGGAAGAUUUCGAAAAAAAAUUUCCUGCAACCCAAGGAGAAAGAAAAAAAGAUCAUGCAGCAUACAAUCGAGAAAAAAAUAUCAUGCAAAAGAGAGCGCUCAAAAAAAAAUUUUUACAUGUAACUAUACUGAUGCUCUUCACUUCAGUAUUGUGUCCACAGGCUUGCAAGAUUUUGCGUUUUUGAGCAGGCACAUUUGCUUAAAAGAACACGGGGUGAACAGUGGAUAACAUCACAGGGAUUCUACCGCCUUUGGAGCCUCUGACAUACGAUAGCCAGUGGUGUUCCCUGGCAAAAUUGUUGCCCCACCCCCUGAGAAAAUCUGGGCUUAAGAUAAUUAUGUACAAGUUUAUAAGUUAUUUAUACAUAUCUAAUAUGCAUGGUAGAAAAAGUAUUUUGAGAUGAUUGAGUCUGUGUGCGUUUUUUGAGAACAUAGCUCCAAACUAUUAAAGCUUCAAAGGCCCAUCUACAGAUGCAAGUUGAACGUCCUGUAUAUACGAUGAUUUUAAUGCGAAAAUGCCAGUUUACAACAAUUUCUGAAGAGGAUGCAACCCGAUUCCCAACAAGCUAUCUGUAUGAACGAUUGGAAAGCUAUAUAUAUUUUAAAUAAAUUGUAACUCCGUCUAACCAUAACAUCUGGGGUCACACCAAUUUGUAAAUAGUCUUCUUUUCCCUUAUAUCUUUUGUAAUUUUUAACAUUGUAGACGCCCCCCGUGGAAACCAACGCACCGUUGACGGGGCUAGUGUCUCUAAAUAAAGUUUUAAUACAAAUACAAAUACAGAGCUAUAUUUGGUGGAACAUUGUUGUUUCGGAGGGCAGUUAAAAAUUGCAUUAUUGAAAUCUUGUUUUAUUACAUAUUAAUCAAAGCUCAUUUUGUGAUUUUCCCUUGUUUAAAAUAAACGACAGUAAGUGUUCCUUAGGCUUAGUACAGCAAAGUUGUCGUGGACGAAUCCAUGGCUGUAAACGCAGGAAAUAGCAUUUCCGAGGUUCAAAUUUUAAAAUUUUCUCGGGGGAGCAUGCCCCCGAACCCCCCGAGGUAACAGGUUAUUCAUAUACUGUACCCUCCCCCCAUUUUCGAGUACUCUACUCUAUCCAUGCAUGUUUUAGGUUUUGGUGCAGUUAUACGUUUUUUGUAAGUAAACCUGCACGCUUUAGUGUGGCGAACAUUAAGACAUAACCAUAUAAAAUAAAGCACAGUGAAAAUUCCUUGGCCCCUCUUUGGAUUCAGUUCUCGGCCUCCUCUGACUGAAAACCCCUGCUACGUCUCUGAUGAUAGCUAUAUGAAAGCCUUAAGUUACUGUAAGCCGUUAUUAUGAGAGGCAAAAAAAUAUCCUGCCGCCAAAUAUAUUGGGAAAAAAAUAUCUUGCGCUGCACUUUUACAGGAAAAAAAUAUCUGUCUUGUUCGCCUGGGCGGAAAAAAAUUCUUGCACGGACUGAAUCUUCCACCCCCCCCCCCCUCAAAAGUCAAAUGGUCCGCCCCUUAAAUUGGACCAAUCAGUGUCCGCUAUUCAUGAUAGUGCGCCAUAUUUUUGAGAGCAGUGAGGAUGACCACCCACCCAACACCCCCAACAUCGUUGGUGACCCACGCGCGCGAUAAUUGAUGAACUUUAGACUUCGCUAAUGCUUGCGUUUCCCCGGGUGUAAGUAGCCGGGGGGAAUUAGUACCCUCGCACAGCGCUUCGCGCCGUCGGCUCGGGGAUUAAUAUACUUAAUUUUGUGCAGGUUAUAUAACGUUUUGGCCAGUCAGUUACCUAACUUGCUUUGUAGUUCCUUUGUCUCCUGCCCUCGUGCAUGAACUGAUAUAUGUCGUGUGUAUAUUACAUUAAUUACUAGAAAAUACAUGCAUGCAGAAACCCUCGCCUUGCUGACAAAACCAUUGUAUUUUGUACUAUUUUCCGAUCAUAAAGUAUCAAAAGCAGUUGUCAUGGUAACACGAUAAUUUUUUAAGAAUAUUCUUACAAACUAAAAAUCGCCAAAAUAUCACUUUUGAUUACAAAAUUAUCAAUUUCCCAACAUAUAUAUGUUAGGUAUGUUAUAGCCUGCGUAGCAGGCGGUAGAAGCUAGAAAUAUCGCCUGCCCAAAACCCAACCUCGUACCCAGGGCCUUUGCGCGGUUCAGAGGCUCUGGUUGCUUCCUGUACCAGAGCCUCUGAACCGCGCAAAGGCCCUGGGUACGAGGUUGCCCAAAAACUACACAUUCUGAGUUCCGCCCACCGCAUGGUCCCGCCCAUCUUAAUGUAUUUAUUUUAAUUAUUUGUCAAACGUAAACUCACAUAUUUGCACCAGUGCAAAUAUACGGCUUUGAUGUUUCAUAUCUUCGGUUCAUUCAAUGCUAUGAAGACAAAAAUACCACGUUCGAUUUAGUGUAACAAUAUGUCCUCAUUCAUAGCGAUAGUUUUAGUCGAUGUGAACAUUACAGCGAUUUAUGAGCUUUGAAAAUCAAGCGAGUUCGGGGGGGGGGGUCCCAAUCCCAUUUCCCACCUGAAAUUUUGGCAAAAUCCCAGUCCCAGUUGGAUUUUUAUUAGAAAUCCCAGUCCGAGUUAUUGAAAUCCCAGUCAAUAAAAAACCCUUUAUUUAUCGGUAGAAUAAACAGUUUUAAGACCUUUUAAGCCACCGUGUGUGCAAGUGGUGGACCUUUUAUGAAAUACUGAGGGGGCUCGUGCCGAAGGCACAGAAAAUUUUUAAAUUUGAAUCCUGGAAAUGGCAUUUGCAGCAUUCUGAGACACGCAUAAUCAGAAAACCCAGAAUUCCGGGCGCCAGAGUAUGCCUGUUCGCAGGUAGGGCUGUGAAUAAUAUAGUUAACAACAAAAAUCAUGACCAAAGACACCGAAAACGGAUCAAAAUUAUAUUUUGACACACUUAAAAUGUAGACAAAUUGGGAAUCGACUCGCAUUACCUCAAUCCCAUUCCCAUUUUUGAGGACUUCAUUUCCCAUUCCCUGUGGCCAAAUCCCAGUCCCAGCAACCCAAAUCCCAUUUUCCCAGUCUAAAAUUAGAUCAAUCCCAGUUCCCAUUUUACCCCUUCAGGACCCUCUAUCAAAUUACGCAAUUGUCUGAACAAAAAUUUAGGCUAGCCAUACCUUUCGCCGAACAUAACUUCGGCCCCUUCGGACGUAACUUUGUAAUAGUCUUGUUCCAAUCGCUAUCAAAAACACUACUUAGAGUGUCAUUUACGAGCCUGUAUCUUCAAAAAUCUGCACUUUUAUCACGGUAUCACAUCUAUCAAGCAACAAAUGUUGGAUUGAUAUUCGUUGUUCAUUCUUCAAGACGAAGCGAUUUCCGAUUCCAGAUAAAGAUUAGAGAAUUCAAAGCUUAAUUCUCAAUUAAUACAUUCGUUAUUUUUUGGUUAGUGUAUGCCAUCACUCGAUAUAUCGGUAUCAAUUACGAAAAUAACAAUAGUUUAUAUUAUAAAUACGGCAACAGUAACUUCUAAAAUUAACACUAAUUAUUCUAAUUCUUUACUCCUGUCAAUCAAAAAUUGAAAAUCAACAUUCUGACCAAUCAGAAUGCUCCGGCACCCAGCUGCCGGGGAGAACUCAGAAUGUGUAGUUUUUGGGCAGGCGGUAUUUCUAGCUUCCCAUUCUCUCGUGCCCGCGAAUAUCGCCUGCUACACAGGCUACAAUUUAAGGUAAAAUUCAACAAAAAACGCUUCGCAAAACGCUUUAAAAUGUUCUUUAUAAAACUAAACUGCCUUUAAUUAAAUGGCUUUAUCGAUAAACUUUGAGUUUGUAAUGAAAUGAUUUCAAAUUCUCGCAUGCAGAUAAAUUUACUUUCUUUUUUAUUUAAAAAAUCCAAUAUAAUAAAAAAGGAAAUCAAUAUUAAAGAUACACUAAAAUUAUAUGCUGUCUUGUUUAGUCGUUUCAUAUACGGCAAAGGCCAUCGGGUUUUAAAGCAAUUAUAAAAUCAAUAUUUAAACUGGCAAACUUACCUUCGUUAGCGUAGGCUCCCUUCUUUUAGCCGAUUCUUUCUCCCUUUCUUUCUGAGAAUGCGUUUGAAAUUUACAAAAUCUUGCAAAAAUGCGACCAAAAAUGAAAUAUAUUUGCAAGAAAUUUAUCAAUCAUCAAAUCAAGAAUUGUUUGCUAUUUCGCUGUCGUCAUGCAGUCGUUAUAAUGCAAACUUUAAAUUGGACCAAUGAGUGUCCGCUAUUCAUGACAGUCCGCAAUAAAUUUGAGAUCAGUGAGGAUGACCACACACCCAACACUCGAACACCAUUGGUGACCCACGCCCACGAUCAUUGAUGAACUUUAGACUUCGCUAAUGCUUUCGUUUCCCCGGGUGUAAAUAGCCGGGGGGGAUUAAUACCCUCGCACGGCGCUUCGCGCCGUGGGCUCGGGGAUUAUUCAGCUAAAUAGACGAAGCUGUGAAAAAAGAAUUUUCGAUUUCAGCUGAAGUCAUGAAACAAAAAGUAACUCACGAAGAAGAAAAUGCUUAAUGAGCUGAUUUAGCAUAUUACUUAAUUAAUAAUUAAUAUACUUAAUUUUGUGCGGGUUAACGUUUUGGCCAGACAGUUACCUAACUUGCUUUGUUUCCUUUGUCUCUUGGACUCGUGCAUGAACUGAUAUAUGUUGUGUGUAUAUUACAUUAAUUAUUACUCAGCUCACUCCCCAUUGGGGCUUUUCAGUGACCGAUUACAACAUCAAGUAUUAUGCUUACUUAUGUUAUUUACUUGGCCUAGACUAUUUAUCUUUACAACAACUGUGAUUACUUUGUUAACUGUGUUUAUCGUAACCCACCCUGACAACUUUCUCCGUGGGAGGAAACCGCAGCGCCCGGAGAAAACCCACGACUUUGGGCAGAGCGUAGACUGACUCUUUUCACACGAGUCCGUAGCGAGAAUCGAACCCACGAUCUCAUUAUAUAAAGUAUAGUGCUUUAUAGAGAUUUCGAGCACUGAUAAAAGUGAUAAUCUCACAUGUGAGAUUAUUUAUGAUAAUCUCACAUGUGAAAAUUAUCGGUUUUUAAUUAUCGCUUUUCUUUAAAUAUUAUCGCUUUUCAAAGACUGUCCUUUAUAUAAUAAACAGAAAAAUACAUGGGUGCUUGGAAAUACCAGAUUUAUUUCUCGUGUUGAACAUGAUAUCUCACUCGUUCGCUGCGCUCACUCGUGAGAUAUCAUGUUCAACACUCGAAAUAAAUCUGGUAUUUCCGCGCACCCAUGUAUUAUUCUCUAUUUAAUUAAUGGACGGUCAGAAAACGUUUCGCUGAAGAAUUUCUCUUGUCGCUGUUUUCAAUGUAUCGUUGUAAUGAAACAAUAAUUAUAGCUUCUCCUUUAGUUGAGGUUGAUGAUGUCAACCAUGAUUGUACUAAAGUAACAAACGCAACUGAUCUCAAAUGUACUUCGCAACUGGAAUUUUAUCGGAAUUUCGUAACCAUGAACCAUCAAUUAAAAAAUGAACACGUUAUUUACCAUUUGGAUCGGUCCGUACUAAAAAAUAUUCCCUCGGCCUUCGGCCUAGGGCCGCUUCUGAGACCUCGAAAAAACAUUUUUCAGUACGGACCUCGCAGCCGGUAAAUAACAUAUGUGUAUUUUAAUUAAAGUAUUUUGUUGGGCUCGUAUAUUCAUCAGAAGAAUAUGCUUUCCGCCCAGGAAAUCGCUCGCGAAUAGAUUGAUUUUGUGAAUAGAUGCUGUAAAAUAUUGCUGAGUCAUAUUUUUUUAUGUUGCUUACAACACAUCUGCUCAAGCUGUAAAUAUUAUUUAUAAAUUCGGGCAAUAAUCAGGCACGAUAUAUACUAAUUAGGGACGGAGUUCAAAUCAAUAACUUUUCUAUUUCUUUAGGCCCUCAGAGAUCUCGUCAUGAAGAUAUUCGGAAAAUGCGUUGAGCUUGGUGUUUCUUCAAUAGCUAUGCCAACCAUCGGGGCCGGAAAGCACGGCUAUCCUGAAGAUAUUGUUCUCAAAAUAAUCUUACAAGAAGUAGACAGAAUAAGUUCCAAAUAUGUCAGCAAAAUUGCCUUGAGAAAUGUUUCUGUGAUUGUCUUUGAAGACAAGCAGUCAAAUUAUAGUGGAAAGCGUGGUCGACAUUCUUCGUAUUUUCCUUCUCCACCAAACAUGUUGAACCAUAAAUCGAGACCGCAGGAAACACCGCAACAACUAAAACCACAAUUACAGCAAGCACUUCAGCCCUUGUCGCCACAACAAGCAACUCCAACAGAUACAAUAUCUAUCAAACCUGGAAACACGGCUAAUCUCAAGUUUGGAUCUGUGAGCAUCGUUCUCAAGGAAGGGGACAUAACGAAGCAGACAGCAGAUGCUAUUUUAAACGUCCUACCGAAAUCUCUGAAGCUGUUAGAUGGAGGAGGUGUGUGUCAAAGUAUACUAAAGACAGGAAGCCAGAUCAUUCAAGAUGAACUGGAUCAAAUUCGUAGAGACAGUAACCUCGGUUCCAUAUUAAUAACAUCUGCUGGUUCCAUUCCCAAUAUAAAGAAAAUCAUUCAUUUUGUUCCGACUACAACUGACGUAGCAGGUCUUCAAGCUUCCAUAGAGCAAUGUUUUCAUUCAGCACAGCAGCAUUCCCUUUAUCACAUCCUGAUUCCUGCAAUCGGAACCGCAAAUCUUAACAUCUCGCCAAAGAGCUCAGCAGAUCUUAUUCUAAAAGCUGCCAAGAAGUUUUCGGAGACCCAGAAUUCACUCACAGUGGAAAUCGUGGUUUUCUUGAAGAAGUUUUUUCCUGAUUUCAAUAAGGCAAUUGAGGAUCAAGUCGAAGAGCUUGCCACGGUUGCUGGCUCGCAACAUGGGCAACAAAAUAGCGGCAACACCGAAACACAGGCUGUUAACAAUGAAGUUAAUAAUAACUCAUUUACCAUCAAUGUUGAUUCACAAGAUGCCGAUAAUUCUAAUGCUGCUGGAACAGUGGAGGAAAUUCAACUGCAUUUUAUUGGUUUUAAGAAAAACAUCGAUGAUGCUAUUUCAGAAACGAAAGUGUUUGUGGAUCGUAACAAGGACGAAAGAUCGGUUGAAAACAUCGGGGAUAUUUUUCAAAAACACAAAUCCGAAGUGGAUAAAUUAUCACGGAUUUAUCGAGUACGCAUAAAAUCCUCCUCCGCUGGACAUCUGGCUGUGCAAGGAAUGAAAAGUGAUGUUCAAGAAUUCUUAGUGCAAUUUACAGAAAUACGUAGAAAAUACGAAAUUGAUCAGCGAAGUUGGUCAGGUAUGUUGCUACCUUUUAUAGAAUUGAAACACUUUUAACAUGAAAAUAUACUGUAACAAAAACAAUAAUACUUCAGUUGCCACUAUAUACAUAAAAUAAAAUCAGGUACAACGUACAAAGACUCAAUAAAUUCUACUGGGCAUCCUUUCCACUGGGCUUCAUCAUUUGGCCAUGUCUCGUUUCUGACGAAGGUAUUACUUUACUAUGUAUUUAUCUAUAUGAAGUUUAAUUUGUCUAUUGUUUAGCUCUUCUUUAACAAUCUGGAGUGCCAAAUCAACGGAGAUAAAUGUAAAUAAAGAAGUUACGUCAAAUGAGACGAUACGCUCAUUAUAGGUUCUAUUUUUUAAUUGAAAAUACAACUGGCAAAUUCUUUAGAGUUCCUAACUGUGUAAACUUCAUAAGUUCUUUGUAUGUUUGCAUGGCGAUAAAACAUAUAAUAGUUUUGUUUUUGGAAACACCACGUGAAUUUAUUACUGCAAAGCUUUCGAUCCGUAAGCCUGGAUCUUCAUCAGUGCUAAUAAUAUGUGACUUGUUUAAUUCACACGCCCUUUUUAUAUACAAAAGUGUCGUGUUGAUGUGCCGUUUAAUUAAAUUUCAAAUGACGCGAGCCAACAGAUCACGACACUUUUGUAUAUAAAAAGGGUGUGUGAAUUAAACAAGUCACAUAUUAUUAGCACUGAUGAAGAUCCGGGCUUACGGAACGAAAGCUUUGCAGUAAUAAAUUUACGUGGUGUUUCUACAAACAAAACUAUUAUAUGUGUAAACUUCAUUGUACAAGUAUUUUAGAAUGCGUGCCAAACAUUUGGAGAUUUCAUACGUUGGAGACCCAAUUGAACUAUUUAUUGGUUUAAGAGGAACUUAGCCAAGUGAUGACACUGCAAUGUGUUAAUGCGUGUUCCUUUAUACUUCAUACAUACAUACAUACAUCUAAACCUCUUGUCGACAGCAUAUGGCGACUAUACUGUUCCACAGGAUACGCCAAAAAUCAUUUAAAAACUAUCAAACAUAUUUUUGGAACGAAAAUUUGUGGAACCCUAAUGGACUUUGCUCAGGGACAAAUUGAUUAAAUUUUUGUUAAAAUUGAUUGAAGACUAGCAGCCGUUUCUCUUGCUUUACCUGGCAGGGUAAAUUGAAUCAUAGUUAGCGCAAUAUAUAAUUUAUGCAUGUAUCACAUGGCGGGGCUACACAGUCUCCGAGUGCCCUCUUGGAAGGUAGUUAUUAAAAAAUCGUUCAGUUUAAGAUGCAUUGUUAAGGGAGGUAACUGAAGAAUCGAUUAGACAUGUAUGUAUAUUAAUAAAAGGAUACAUUAAUUAUUUUGUUAUUAUUUAGAUAACCUCCCAUCGUUUUGGGAUGAACAACCAAUGGGCAAAUCAUUUCACCUUGCUACACUAUUAUCAUCGUCAUCUGAGUACAAAGAAAUCUUAACCCAUUUCAAAAACGCUUUUGCCGUAGGAACACCACCUAAAGUUACAAAAAUUGAAAGGAUCCAAAAUCCUAAAAUGUUUGAACUAUACCAGGCGAAGAAGAAGUCGAUGGAAGGACGAGAAAACGAGAUGAGAUUGUUUCAUGGUACCGAUGUCAAGAAUACUGUUCCUAUUAAUACAAACAACUUUAACAGAAGUUAUUCCGGAAUUAACGGUAGGUUGUAUGCUGUAUGCCGUUGUUUACCAGAUAUUUUAUAUACAGGAUUUAUCAACGAUCAAAGUACCAAACAUUUUGAUGUAGUAAAGUCCAACGCGCUCCCUUGGCGCAUAAUUUAUCACACGCAUGCAUGAUUGAUUUUAUGAGCUUUAACACUUUGAAGUUAGAUUCCUCUGACAAAUUUAUAUGAGAUCGAUUAAAUUUUCUCUUCACACGGUCACACAUAAUAUCUCCUUAUAAUUGGACCAUGUACAGUUAAAAAAACUGGAUAGGAAUCUAGCCGGCGCCGCAACGCGAUCACGUGUUUUCUAUCAUGCAUGCAUGCAGUGUUUUUAUUUGUUAACUUGAUUGCGUUACUGCACAUUUAUCCCUUUAACUUGGCCCAAGUCGCUCUGGCCCAAGUCGCUCCUGUCUGUUACGAGAUCAUGAAAUUUCAUUUUCACAUGGGUGUUACGAUAUUUCUUUGUAUUCUUUCAGUUGAACACUAA